AUGUCCCAAGAUCAUGAAACUGCAAAUAGAUCCCUGUUUGCAGAAAUUUCUCUUUCAAUAACACCAGUGGUGACGACAACACAAACACCAAAUGUGGCAGACAAGCCCAUUGAAUUUAAUGUUACAUUUAUAAUCACCAACCUGAUGUUUACACAAAGUCUACAAGAUUCCAGUUCCUUGUUGCAUAAUUCUACAUCAGAUAUUAUUUCCAAGCAGCUCACUGCUCUGUUCAAUAAGAGUGAAAUUAAUGAAACAUUUUUACAUUGUCAAGUCAUUUCCUUCAGUGUGGCAAAUGUUGCCAACACCAGCGUGUAUUCACUCUGCAAGUUUAGAAAUGAUUCUACGCAGGAUGUUGACAGGGUCACUGUGUACCACGAAUUCAGAGACAACACAAACAACAUCUCCACCUUAGGGAUCUACUCAUUGGACAAUAACAGCCUCUACGUAAAUGGUUAUCAUGAAACAACACCUUUACCAA